UCUUCUGACGACCCUAAGCUUUCGGACCCUUUUGCCUCUUCCGUCCUCUGUCUGGAGCAUUUAUUCUUUGGCAUCGAUCGCGACGUUAAAGAGCUAAUCCUUACAGCUUGCGAGCAGGUACAGCCAGCCCUUUCGAUGCCACUUCUAGUUGUGCUUGUCAGGGCUGCCGAGACGAUGCAUAGCCUUCAAGUUUCGCCUACCCCUUCUGCUUCGACCUCCAGCCUCGGGGGUACAACUCCAGCAUCCAACAUCAGUUCCACAGGUACCACUGCUGGCAGCGGUUUUCGUGUUCCUGGGUUCAGUGGUAUCGGUUUCGGUCGAUCAGGAAGUCUCACAUUUCUCUCACAGUUGCUGUCCUUUCUAAUGCUUGAGGCUAAGCGCUCCUUCACAAGACUCAUUGUAAGCUAUGGCACUGUUGCCUUUGACGAUUAUCCCCGAUGGUUUUCCCCAGUUUACUUGGUUCCCAUUUUUAUCUUGAUAUAUGUUGGUGCCGGUUGA